AUGGACGACUUGAACGCCGAUUUGCUGCUGAAUGUUGUACAGUAUCUGUGCGCACGUGACGGAUGUCGUUUGGCUGCGACGGCAUCUCGUUACUUCUACCUAGUGCAUCACUACCGUCAGUUGCGGGGAGCGGAACUGGUUGCUGCUACGUCUUACAUUCCACAGGUCAAAUCGCGUCAACAAACACCGCGAGACGUUUACGAACAAGCCUUAUCGAAGCUCCAAUCGAAACCAAACCUUUGCUUAGCCUUCAACAAGCCGAGCGGUCCUUUGGCAGAUCACUUGCCACUGUUAGUGCCAGAUGAUUGCGUCAUCUUGGGGGCAAUUUCCAGUUCCAUCCAGUCCUCGUUUACGGGACAGUUGGAAUAUAAAUCAAAUUCUUCUAUCAUGUUAGGUUCCAUGAAAGACGCACAGAUUCGCCCCUUUUGUCUUCAACAGCACGAACAAUCAGGCGACUACCAGGGGACACUAGACCAGUUGGAUUCUGCAAACUGUAGUUGGAAAGUAUUUAUGGUGUAUGCGUGCGGUGACUUGGCGGCCGACGUAGAACCGUUUGUCACGCAUCUGCAAAAUCGCUAUCCUAACAGUACGAUUGUGGGAGGCAUUUGCAAUUCCGGCUAUAUUUCUGUACCAAUUCAGCAAAAGACGAAGAGUGAAUUGACCUCGAUGCCUUUCCACAGUCUUUUGCAUUUGAAUCAACGCCUUGGGGGUCGAACACCUGAUGAGGGCAUUACAAAGGUCGAGCUUGUGCAUCACGUACAUGGUGUGAUGCAGACCAAACGAUUUCAGUUGAAGGUGAUGGAGGACGAAGGCGGUGUCUUUGGGGUAGCACUGGCAGGAGAUGUACCGGUCCGAUCAAUGGUAUCUAGAGGCGUCACGUCGUUGACAUAUAGAGGUGCCCCGCUGCCGACCACUCCAUUUUAUGCGGACGUUGUUGAAUUUCAUCGUCCAGGAGACGAGGAAUAUAUGUUUCAGGGUGAAGAUCCUCCGUCAUAUCACUUGAUACGCCGCGUUCGGGAUACAGACUCGGGAAAAACGUACUCGGCGCACGAAAUGAUGAUGAAAUUUGGAUCUCCCAAUUUGAUUGGGAUUCGCCGUCCGAAUGAGGAUGGAUUCGAGCUUCAUAUAGCAGCGUCGGAAGUGAUGGACCUCAACUUUUAUUUCAUUGAUCGACAGAAUGACAUCUCUCGAAGCUUAAAUGCGUUUCUGUUUAUGGUUAGAGGCUCCCCCGAUACAGAAAAAGCUCUAACGGACGCCAACAUUGACUUCUUUGACAUUGACGGGGCUGCCUGCAUGCAAGAUAUGGAAGUUUCCAUUCGCCAUCUGAAAGAACAAACCCAUGGCGAACAAUUGUUGGGUGCUGUCAUGUUCAGCUGCAGUGCCCGGGGCCCGACGGCUGGCAAUUUGCUGUCGGUGGACAUGGCAGACGCCACCUCGUUUGCCAACGGCUUCCCAAACGUCCCAUGUUUGGGAUUCUAUGCUGGCGGAGAAAUUGGACCGGUUGCUCGUGCAGGGCGUCAAGACGUUUUUCGUAGUGGAAAUGCCACAUUGCAGGGCUUUACCGCUGUUUUUGCUCUAUUCAUUGUACCCGAAAUCGACCUCGGCACGAUGAUUCUGGAUGACAGGCGCGAAAAUGUUGAGGCGUUCUUACGAGGUCGCUUGGCCACGGGAAUUCAUGACAUUUAA